AUGAAGAAGGCGGCAUACCUGCCGGAUUGUUGGGACGACGACGAUGAAAUGCGCGGUUUGAUGUCGAUGUUGAAGGCGCGAAGUGUGAAUUCGAUUAAUUUUGAUCGAACCAUUGAGUUUUGGAAGAACUUGAUAGCGAAUUAUUGUAAGAUGGAAAAGAAAUGUUUAGUUGAUUAUGAAGAGCUCAGGGAGAAGUUCCGAAGGGGAAAUCAAUUACCAGCGCCUUUGUUGACCGUCUUUGAAGAAUUGCACAAGUAAGUAUCAUUUAUUUUUGAGUCAAUUCCAUGUUUAGGAAACAAAUCUUUGUACCCGUGGAAGAGUUAGCAUCUCCAAGGCAAGGAUGGAUUGGUUGGGGGACUUCGUUGGUCGCAAAGAGCUCAUGGUUGAUGGGUUUGAGUGUGGACUUCAAGAAGGUUAAGCUAGUGCACAUGCCAACGGUAAAAGUGAGUGUUUUAGAUAUAUCUUGCAUAAUUUUGUGAUUUGUUAUUUUUAGGCAUUGGCGAGAGAAAUGCUCGAGUACUACAAGGUGCAAUAUGAGAUGGUCGAUUGUCCAGAGGUGGUCGCCUACGACGAGUUCAAAGCAAGAUGUGCGGGUAUUGUAGAUAAAAAUUCUUUUGAUCUCGUUUUGGAUGAAUUGAUGAGGCAAGGGGAAGUUACAGAAGGCCAGUCACAAGACGGCGAGCGAAUUCUAAAAUUUAAAGUAGGUUAUCGGAAGUUUAUUGAGUUCUUGUUAUUUUAGGAUCAAGGUUCCAAAGGUCCAGCCAAGUUUACACAGGCUGAUGUAUCUGUUCACAAUCUCCGGCGAACAAUGACCAGGCUACAGUCAGAGAUACGAAAGGCUGAAAACAAAGUCCGGGUGUUUACAAAUGAAGCAAAGGAUAACUUACGAAAGGGAGAUAAGAUGGCCGCCUUAUCAGCGAUGAAAAAGAAGAAGAGAGCAGAGAAAGAGCUUCUGGAUAAGGAUAAUCAAUGCCAGAAGUUACUGCAGAUGAUGGAACAGCUUGCAGCAACGAAACAAACCAGGGAGAUCAUGGACGUUUACAAGAUGGGAACCGACGCAUACAAGGGAGCGUUGCAGAGACAAGGAUUAACCAUGGAUAAGGUAACAAUUUAUAAGAUUUCAUGUUUUGCGCUUUAUUCACAUGAAAUGAAUCUUGUUUCUAGAUCGACGAGACCAUGGAUAGUAUCCAUGAAGCCAUUCAAGAGGCGAAUGAUGUGGAUGAAGCUCUCCGAGAAGGCAUCAAGAACAUCCCCAGUCCUUCCAAUGUGGUCGACGAAGCUGCUCUUGAAGAUGAAUUGAAUGAUUUGCUGAAGGAAGAGGAAGCUCCAUCUCUCCCAACCAUGCCUGAAGUCCCCAAACACAUUCCGGUGCCUGAGAAGGACGAAUUGGCGGCGCGGUUGAAGCGGCUCCGUGAAGGAAUGCCGGCCAUCUAG